AGAUUUAGACCUCUGAGUAACCAAGAAGAACUGAAAAAAAUUGUUGAAGAUUUUAAACAGUCGAGAAAAUAUGAAGUAACUCUCCAAGCCUUAUUUAAAGUUGACUCUGCUCGAACAGCUCCAUACUGCAGAACUAAACAUCAAAUGAAAUUGCUAAAAGAACAUGUGCGUUAUUCAAGUAGAUUUCUUGUAGAAUACUUAAUCCUAUCAUCAACUGAAUGUACAAAGUAGGAAUAAGUUUAUGUCAAGUUCUUGAACAUUUUUGUGAGCCUUAAGAUUAAAUUUGAAAUUUUAAUCUUUUCAUUUAAAUUAAAAAUAUUCCUGACAUUUGAAUAAGCCAAUUUCAUUAAUUAUUUUACAUCACACAAUCAAAUUGUUAGUCUAAUGAGUUUUUCUGCCAUCGGACUGAAAAAAUUUAUUGUGGCAGCUUUAAAAGUCAGUUGAAAAAAAAAUUGAUGAAAAGGAUUUGAAAUAUAAGACAUAAAUGUAGUUUUAUUUGCCAUUUUUUUAAAUCAUGAACAGAGACUGCUUGCAUAAAUGUCCAUUUUCCCUAAGAAAUUUCAUGCUUAUAUGUCCUAUGCAAUUUUUAUAUAUCAAAUAUAUAAUGCAAAGACACUUCUGUAAUUAUUCAUUUCCACCAGAUAAGAAUUUUAUUAAAUUAAAUUACAAGAGCACAAAAAUAAGGAUCAACCACAAAGGAAACAAUUUUAAAAAUUAUUUAAAUCUUAAACUAAGAUAAGCUACAUUAUUCUGUCCAUUCACACACGUUUUGAAAGCCUUUAUGUCAGCAUACAGUUGGUAAUGUGUUAGUAAUUUAACUUUUAAUUAUUAUUUAAAUGUUUAUUAAUAAAAUAAGCAAACUAUUGCUAAUCUAAUUAAUGCAUGCUAAAUUUCAGACCAUCCGAUACCUUCAAGUGUUUGAUUUCAUAUCUGGGUUUGAGGUCCUCCCCUGUCACCGCUACUCUAUGGAGGGGCAAAUAGGUGGGAAGAUAUGUGCUACAAAACAUUGGUAAGACUGAAAAUUGCUCCUGCUCCCAUUUUAUCCUUCCGUCCAAGCAAAUGUUACACAAAUUAAUUAACCCUCUUUGGAAUUUAAAAAGUGAGGGAAACACUGUAUUUAAAAACGAGUUGUUGGGCAUAAUAUUGAACUACAUUAUAGUUCAAAUUACUCAUUAAUAUAUGAGGGACUGUGUACAAGCUGUGUGAUGUAAAAAAAAAAAAAAUGAUAUGGUUAGUCUUGAAAAUAAAAGUCAGGACAAUUAUAAAAACAACACUUUCGGAGGAGGACUUUUGAGACAAGGCACUUGAUAUGAUUAACUAUUUUCAAUGAAGGUUCUACCUAGUACUUUAAUCAGCCCUUCAAAUGGUUAAAAAUAUUACUCAUGCUGAUGCUUUCAGGUCUCGUCCAAGGGACAAUGGCGACAGGAAAGAACUUAUUCUCACAUAUCAUCCUCAUAAUCUCAUAACCAAACAUGUUUUCUUUAAAAACGGCGCCAUUCUCUUCGUCAACCCUGACACCUAUGACAUAUCUCUUCCACGCCUCUCAUUGUUUUGAGACAUGAUAAAAAUCUACGAGACGUUCUUGUGCAUAGUCGCUUCCACGCUUUCCCCUCCCACUGUAGGCAAAGCCAUGUGGAUGCAGCCAUUGCAACACUUGCCCUUUUGUCAUCCAAAAUUUCCUGUUUAAUUUUUGUGUCUUUUCUCAUGAAGCCUAAACAUAUCUUGUUCCAAUAUUUAUUUACUUCAAAUUAUUUCUUGUUCAUCCAUACUUAGUUAAAUGAUUAAGUUAGUUAUAUAGAAAAAUAUUAAAUUACCAAUUUCUGAAAUUUUGUCAUUGUUAGAAAAAAAAACCCAGUUAAAUGGGAACAUUUUCUAAAAUGUAUAAAAACUUGACUCAGAAUUAGAAAAUAGAUUUUUAUUUUGGAAUCUGCAAAAUUACAAAGCAACCAAAGGUUGUUUUUUUAACACUGUUUUUUGGUUAUAUCAUCAUUAACUUUCAAUGAAUAAAAUAUACAAAUAUUUUGAUAAUGUAACGGACUAUGUUUUCACAUGAAAACAGAGAGGUAGCAUGAGUGAACAGUGAAUUGUGUUGACCAUGUAUUUUGAGAGGACAAUGUGAACUCCACGUUUUUGUAGAGUAAAAUUAUGUUUUUGUCAGAGCGGUUGUUUUCCACGCUUUGCUGGUAAUAAAGUAUGAGUGAACUGAGAUAGUGAGAGCUGAGCGCAGAGCAGUAGAGAACAGUAGCGUGAGAGCUGUGUGAUUAGACAGUUGACAGUUUAGUAUGAGGACGUGUCUUUCUUAAUGAUGGAAUACUAUAGAUAUAUAUGUGAAAUUACAUUCAUGCAAGGAUUAUUUAUUAAUAUUAUCAAUAUAAAGUGUGUUCAAUAAAGUAUUGUAAGUUGAACCAGGAUUCAGUAUUCUUAUUUGCGUGCCCGGAUUAUAAGUGGAAGAAUGAAGAAGCCUUAGUCGGCAUCCUGAAAUAUCAACAUAACAUAAGUAACCAUACUACUGACAUAACCCACAGCAUAAGAAAUAAGCUCCCACGCCAUGUCAGAGUAGACGUGUUACAAAUGGUGUCAGAAGCGGUGUAACGACGAUGCGUUACAAAUAUUGUAAAGAAGUGUCAGAAAUGUGUUACAGAACAUUGAGUAACAACGAUAUAUUUUAAAAUUCGAGCGGAAGAAUACAGCGAACGCCAUUACGACCGUGUAUCAAUCAAGUCCGAGACGAGUUCACUACACACAGAGCUAGCCGACAAUUGAGGUCAGUCACAGUCUCCAGAGUUCAGAGUUCAAACAGUCAACUGGUACACGGCAACUAUUUAACCUACUUAGCGGAGUGAACACACCCAGUUGCAGAAACACAGAAGCACGAAAUCUAUUUUAGAAUAACUACAAAGAGGUAAAUAAUAAUAGACUGAACAAUCAGCUUAAAGGAAAUUUUCAAGUUAUCUACAACUGUAGCAAAGAUUUACUGUAAGCCUACAUAUUACAAGACCAACAGAAGUCUGACGUUAUUACAGAUGAGAUGUGUGUAUCAAGACAUCGAAAGUAAGAUUUCCCCAGCAUAAUCUUCACUUUAUACAAGCCGCACAAAGCCUAGUGCGCAAUUCAAGUAAAGUAAUUCUUUAAUUACUCACAAGUUCAACUGAGUCGGAGAGAAAGUACACUAUUUCCAAUUGGAUUAUUACACUAUUACUUCUAUUACGCAAGGUACUUGCAUUGGAUUACUGAAGCAGUUUGUGUUGUAACUUUUUCAUUGGAUUAUACAACUUUUGCAUUGGAGUAUUUACCCAAGUACACUUUCUACAUAGAAGGAUUAUCGACUACACAGAGAUCAUAGCGUCACAGAGGAUCAGAGGUGACCAACUACAGAUUUCUUUUGGACACUUUCACUUGGUAUUUAUGUAUAUUAUGUGUUAUGUAUUAUAUAUAAUUUAACACUUUAAAAAUCUACUUAUAUCAUACUUAAUUAGAUUAAGUAAAUUUUUUUACUUUUUCUGUAUAUUAUAAGUUUAAUUUUAGAGUAUACUUUAGGAAUAUCCACGGUGUUAUCUUUCCUAGGGAAGUUUUUUUAUUAAAACAGUAAAGGUUUCUUCUGGCCCUAUUUAUAACACUGUAGGAUAAUUUUAUGUUAGCUGUGAAGUCUAGUUUGUACAUUGUCAUAACUGUUGUUUUUUAGUAUAUCUUGUCAGAUUUGUUCUAUUUGUCUUGUCAUUGUCAUACAUAUUGUCAACCUACUGUCAUAUUUUCUACUAUCUUGUGGUCCAUAAACUAAACAGUACUUUUGUAUUUGUUGUCUCAUUUGUAUUCAUGUAAACGUCUACAUAUCUGUAUUUAUGUUGUGAAGUAGACAAUUUAAUUAUUUUAAAUUUUUCUUACACUUAUUUAUAACUUAUAAUUCAUGUAUCAACUUGCAUUUGUGUAUACAUUCAUUAACAUGUAAAUAUAUGUAAUAUUGUAAACUAUUUUAAUUAAUAACUAAAGAAUAAGGAGAUAACUGAUAUACUGAUACAUACCAAUAUAAUUUUAGUUACUCACAUUAUAACUAAAAAUGGCAGAGUACUUAGAAUUAUUAGAAGUAGGUGAGAAGCUUGGCUUGAAGCAGGAGAAAUUAGCUGACUUCGUAACUCGUGAGAUGGACAAAAUUAGGGACAAACAGAAAGAAGACAAAGACCGACAAGACAAAGACAAAGACCGAGAAGCUAGAAUGUUAGAGAGAAGCGACCUUAAACAAAUAGAAGAACUAAAAUUAAAAGGACAAAAGGAAAUAGAAGAACUUAAAUUAAGAGAACAGGAUAUGAAAUUAAGAGAGGAAGAAAUAAAACUAGAAAGAGCUAGAAUAGAAUCAGGACAGCAUACACCAUCAACAAGCAAUAGAGAAACCAAUAGCACAUAUAAACCCAAAUUUAGAGAAUUUAAUGAACAUAAAGAGGAAAUUAUUAGUUAUUUGUCACAAUUUGAGGGCAUCUGUCAGUCUUACAAUUAUAGAGAAGAGACUUGGGCUAAUAUUUUAUUGAGCAGAUUAUCAGGGAAAAGCCUAAGUAUUAUUAAUUCACUCAGUGAAGAACAAAAGAAUAAUUAUAACUAUAUAAAGAAAGUUUUGUUAAAGUUCUAUGGAAACACAGAAGACAUUUAUAGAAAAAAUUUCCACAACAUAAGACUAGAGAGAGAAGUAGAUCCUAACACCACCAUAUUCAAUAUUAGAGACAAUCUUGUCAAAUGGCUUGAAUUAACUGAAAUUGACCUAAAUGAUCCAAAAGCAUUACUGGAUAUGUUUAUCAUAGACAAAAUAUUAAGAAAUGCAUCAGUCUCUUUAUUUUCAUUCCUUAAAGAGAGAAAGAUUAAAAAUGAGCGUGAGUUAGUUGACUCAAUCACAACAUUUAAAGAUGCUCACCCCAAUGAAGAGCUAGACAAUAGAAACAGCACACUAGCCUCUAUUAGAAAUACACCCAGUGAUAGGGACAGUCAAAAACAAAACACAUAUCAAAACAGAAGAUACCACAGCCUACCUGCCAGAUGGCAAAACAAUAAAUUUCAGAAAAGUCAUCAAAACAAUUACCAGACACCAUAUACUAAUUAUUCAAACAACAACAAAUGUUUCUACUGUGGCAUUCCAGGUCACAAAAAAUAUGAGUGUAGGAAAUUACAUAGAGAUUUAGGACAUUCACAACAAUACUAUCAGAGAACAUCACCCAACAGUAGUCCAAUUAGAUACAACAGUGCAAAUAGGAGUAGACAACAAUAUAGAAAUCAACCAAGUGAUCACCAGAGACACAACACCAAUCAAACAAAUAGUAGACACAAUCAGAAUACACCGCAUGAAACAUCAGCUAGUAUUUAUCACACUGAUGGAACACUCAAAUUUUCACCAGCAAUUGUAAACAAUAAAGUAGUUAAAUGUCUCAGAGACACUGGUUGUACAACAAUAAUUGUAGACAGAAAAUUAGUAAAUGACAACUACUACACAAAUGAAAAAGCCAUAGUUAUCUUAACCAACAAUAAUAGAAUAGUAUGUCAAAAAGCUAGAAUCAAAGUUGAUUGUCCAUGGAUCACAGGAUCUGUAACAGCUGUUGUAAUGGACAAUCCAGUGUGUCCAUUAAUUAUUGGCAAUAUAAAAGAACUAGGCAAUAACAAUAAGGAUCUAAUAACAGAAGGGAUAAGAGGAAGACAUUUUAACAUGAAUCCAACACAUAGCAUAACAAGACAACAUAACAAAGGAAUUCUUAAUAAAACAUAUACAGAACAAAAAUCAGACAGGGCAAACCACCUUUUUAGACUCAAUUCAAGAAAUAUUCAUCAACAAUACAGACAGGCUGAAUAAUUCAAAAAUGAAAUCAAACACAGAGAAAACAAGUUUCUAGAUGAACAUUACACAACUACAAAUAACAAUUUUAUGGAAAGAGACAGACAAAGAGAUAACAGAUCACAAUUGUCAUUUUCUUCAGUGCGGAGAAAUACUUAACAUUCCAUGUUAGCUAACCUAGCAUAAUACUUUCUGCUAAAACAAUGAUUAGCUGUCAAGAGCAAAAUUUUUUCAAAUAUGGUAAUUGUCUACACAGAACUAAUUUGUAAAUUGUUUACAUUCUUGGUCAUCAACUUUUUCAUAGACAAUGACAAUAAAAUUAAGGUUAAAUUGAGCAUGAAGAGCAUUAAAAUACACAUUCAACCAUUUUUUGACAAGACACUUGUACAUAUCAAUUUUGUAAAUGAAUAUCAGAUUUUAACCAAUUGUAAAUCUUCUAAUGCAAAAUUUAAGAUUGUUACAUUCAUUUUGCAGUGUUUAUUAUUCAUUAAGAUGUUAAUGUCACUUCACAUUAUCAUACAUAAGGAUUUUAAGAGGUUGUCAUUGGUGAUUUUUUAAUUUUUUGCCAGGGUAAAUGAUUCACUAUUAUGUGUGAUAUUAACAGUCAAAUGCCCUGUAUUUCAUAAUGAUGAAAUGUUAAUGUUGUUACAUUUAUUUGAUUGAUAGAUGUGGGAUUGAAAAUUUCUAAGAGACAUUAUCAUUAUCUCAGCAUAUAAUUUUUUGCCAAAAAUUUUGUUGCACAAAAUUUUUUCAGAUGGGUGGGGCAUGUAACGGACUAUGUUUUCACAUGAAAACAGAGAGGUAGCAUGAGUGAACAGUGAAUUGUGUUGACCAUGUAUUUUGAGAGGACAAUGUGAACUCCACGUUUUUGUAGAGUAAAAUUAUGUUUUUGUCAGAGCGGUUGUUUUCCACGCUUUGCUGGUAAUAAAGUAUGAGUGAACUGAGAUAGUGAGAGCUGAGCGCAGAGCAGUAGAGAACAGUAGCGUGAGAGCUGUGUGAUUAGACAGUUGACAGUUUAGUAUGAGGACGUGUCUUUCUUAAUGAUGGAAUACUAUAGAUAUAUAUGUGAAAUUACAUUCAUGCAAGGAUUAUUUAUUAAUAUUAUCAAUAUAAAGUGUGUUCAAUAAAGUAACAGUUGACAGUUUAGUAUGAGGACGUGUCUUUCUUAAUGAUGGAAUACUAUAGAUAUAUAUGUGAAAUUACAUUCAUGCAAGGAUUAUUUAUUAAUAUUAUCAAUAUAAAGUGUGUUCAAUAAAGUAUUGUAAGUUGAACCAGGAUUCAGUAUUCUUAUUUGCGUGCCCGGAUUAUAAGUGGAAGAAUGAAGAAGCCUUAGUUGGCAUCCUGAAAUAUCAACAUAACAUAAGUAACCAUACUACUGACAUAACCCACAGCAUAAGAAAUAAGCUCCCACGCCAUGUCAGAGUAGAUGUGUUACAGAUAAUAAAGCAGAUAAUGUCAAACAUUGAAAUUGGGCAAUUUACACAGAAAGGGCAAAUGUAAAAAAAGAAAUGUAAAUUACACAAUUAAAAAAAAAUAAUUUUUAACAUUAUUCUUUGGUACCCUUUUUAGACUUGUCCUUGGUGUUAUUUGGGACUAUGAUUAGUAAAAUUGCAUGGUCUAGAUUGCAUGAGGUUGGAUUGAUAAAAUUUAUGUAAGUUCUCUUUUGCUCAAUUGGGAUGUUAUAAUGGGGUUUUGGAUGUUCCUUAUUUGAAUGGAAAAUGUAUCAGAAUUACCCACAUUGGGUGUAUGUAAAAUGAACGUUGUUUCAUGACUUGCGUUCUACACUCCUUUCCUGUAAUGUACACUGGUAUAAAAAUGUCAUGGUCAAAUGGCUAAAAAAAAUUCUGUUUUGAUACAUAAUUACGUGCAAAAAUAGCAGAUUCUAAAUCUUGGUUUUUGUGGUUAAAUUCUAGCAACUAGCAAGUAAGAAACCAGUUUCUGAGUUUUUAAAAUAAAUCAAAUGUAUAUUAAUUUGUUGUCACAACCUUGGAGAUUUAAGAUUUUAAGUCUUUAAAUCCUUGACUAAACCCAUUGUGUAAGCUGCCAACAUAAGUUUUGUUUAAAAACAGAAAUGUCCCUUUGCACUUUCUUCUGUUAAGGAAAUUGUGUUUUUUUUAUUGUACUUUUUGUGCCAGUGAAUUUGUUUGCUUCACUUGUACUAUAUAAAAGAAAACAUGUGAUGAUCUUAUCCAAGAAAAACAGUAUGGUCAAUAUAGGAAAUAUUCCAUUAAAUAGCUAGUUGUUUAUAUUUAAUUGAUCGAUCAUAAUUAUAAUAUUUUCACAGGCAUAAAAAUGACAAAAUUGAAAUGUUGGUUGGUUGUAUAGCAGAGCUUACAGGAGAAGAGGAAACCCAGCUUUUGAAGCCGGGAGAAAAUGAUUUCAGUGUCAUGUAUUCCUGCAGAAAAAAUUGUGCCCAGCUGUGGUUAGGCCCUGCAUCUUUUAUUAACCAUGACUGUCGGCCCAAUUGCAAAGUAAGAAUGAAUUUACGCUUCAGACUUUAACUCAUAAGUGCAACCAUUCAUUCAUCUUUAAGAGCUCAAUUAUGGAUUUAAAAAAAACAAUGUUUCUCUUCAGUGUAUCCCAUUACUACGUGCAUUAUGACUUCAUAUUCAAUUUUAUUCUUUAGCCAUUGUUACUCUUCACUUAACUGUUUGUUCAAGUUAUUUAUUUUAUAUAUAAAUAAAAAAAUCGACCCUGACAUUGAAAUUUUGUGUAAUUUAUCUCAAAAGUGUCACUAUGAAUAGAAAAAAAAUAAUAUAAUUUGUUUUGGAGAAAUAAGGUAUAUUAAUACAUGUUUUAUGACAUUUGUUUUCUAAAUUAUUGAAAAAGUAUUUGUUUAAAUUGUAUUUUUUUCACUCUUCAUCAACUAAUACGUAUUUUUUGCAACCUCUAAUACUAGUUUGUAUCUACUGGAAGAGACACUGCAUGUGUGAAGGUUUUGCGCGAUAUACAGCCAGAAGAAGAGAUUACUUGCUUCUAUGGUGAGGAUUUCUUUGGAGAUAACAACAGCUCUUGUGAAUGUGUUACAUGUGAAAGGUUAGUAAUAUUUGGUCACCAGUACUGUUUCUAAUGAUUAAAUUCAAUUGAAUGAGGCAGAUACUUUUUUUUUUGUUGCCAUACAAAAAUGUUAUUUAUUCAUUUAGUUUUAUUAAGGGGUCAUACAUAAAGGACGUCUGCAAAGAUAGUGGGGUUCGUAAAAAUGUGGACCACUGCGGACAAGGGGGAGUUAAGGAUCUUGCAGGCAUCCGCAAGCUAUCAUUUUUUGUAAUUAGUAAUAUGUUGCUUUAGGUCCACUCCGUGUAUUCCAUGUUAAAAGUUGUAAGUUGCGGACAUCCUCCCUGAAUUAUUUAUUUGAAAAACAAUUAUAAUCUAAACCCACCAAGAAGUUAGUACCAAGAAGUUAGUAAAAACUUCGUGAGGCCAACCACUUAAAUAUUUAUCAACAAAUUUAAACAAUAUGAGUUUGGGCUUUUUAAACAUUUUCUCUACUUCUCAGGUCUGAUUGAAAGAUUUUCUAUAAGACUUAAUUAGACGUUUAAAUCUAGUGAUUCAGCUCUUCAUAAUUGUUAUUAAACUUCCUGGCUUUUUUUCUGUAUAAACUUUAAAUGGGCAUUUUCCCCUGGUGAAAAAGAAUCUAGGAAAAUAAAACCAUUUUUAUGGAUCAGGACUAAGCUUUACCUUUUUUGAUUUUGUGUUCAAUGACAAAGUAUUAUUACUUUUUGGUGGCAAAAAAAACAUACAUCAAGGACAAAUUGUUAAUCCUCUAUUACUGUUCAUUAAAAUUGUGCUCCAACAAUGUAUUAUUAUAAUUAUUAUUACUGCCUGUCACAAUAACAAAGACUUAAAAUUAAUAAAAUACAUGAUAUUCUAUUAACAGGCGUCACAUGGGGGCUUUUAGACUCAAACAGCCUGUUAAUCUAUCAUCACAGAAGGGAUAUUGCUUUAGGGAUACAGAUGACAGGAUUAACAGACUCAAAGAUAAACCACCCGAAAGCCAGUCCAACUUUGCAGGGGUGGUUGUCACCCUUAGUGGUAAAUUAUAA